CUUGACGCUAUCUUUCGGUAAUAUUCUGAUGAUAUUCUUUCAAAUUUUUCUAGAAACAUAUCCGAAAAUGAAGUCCGCGUUGUCAAGACGAAUGCGGAACAUGCUACUGGAGAGGGACGACUCGGUGAUGAGGCUCUCGUGGAUCGACUUCUGCUUGUCGAACUUGUCAACAGGAGGGGGGCUCAGUGUGCGACACAAGGAGAGUUGCCGGCGGCGACGGAAGUGGAGGGAGGGGGCGGAGAAAGGAGUGAGUUAUGCGGUGGUGGAGGAUGAUUGGAUGAGGAUGGCUGUUCAAGCUCAAUACCCAUCCAAUCUUCUCCUUCUCAACACCAACAACAGUAAUAAUAACGAUGACUAUUCUUCUGCCUUACAACCACCUCAUCAACUCUCCCGUAAGAGACCAAGACAAACAACCCCAAUUCCAAUUCCAAAUAAUCUCAUGAAUCAAUUCAAUCCUCCUCCUCCUCCUCCUCAACAACAACAGCAGCAUCAAAAUCAAAAUGUAGUCUCCACUGGCCUACGCUUAUCCUUCUCUUCUCAACAAAGACUACAAUGGCAGCAGACUUCUUCUCUAUUAUCCCAACAAUUAGCAGACCAAAUCAAACAACAGAGACACGAAAUUGAUCAAUUCCUACAAGCACAGGGAGAGCAAUUGCGCCGUUCAUUGGCGGAUAAGAGACACAACCAUUUCCGCGCACUCAUAACCGCCGCCGAGGACACAUUAGCGCGACGCUUGAGGGAUAAAGAAACAGAGGUUCAAAAAGCCACGCGCCGCAACGCUGAGUUAGAGGCACGCGCCGCGCAUCUUACAGCCGAGGCUCAGCUUUGGCAGGCCAAGGCAAAAGCGCAGGAAGCCACCGCCGCUUCCUUGCAGGCGCAGCUCCACCACGCCAUCAUGAAUGCCGCCUGCGGAGGCGGAGCCGGUGCUGCAGGUACGGCGGAUGACGCCGCCACGGGGGUAAUGUCGUGCGCGGAGGACGCAGAGUCGGCCUACGUUGACCCGGAGCGAGUGGCGGCGGCGGCAGGUCCAAGGUGCCGCGGGUGCGAGAGGCGCGUAGCGACGGUGGUGAUGCUGCCGUGUCGACACCUUUGCGUUUGCGGCGAAUGCGAGAUGCAUUUCCGUGCUUGCCCCGUUUGCCUCACCGUUAAAAAUUCAACCGUUGAGGUUUAUCUUUCUUAAUCCCAAUUUCAUAGGGUUUCGUUCGUUGAACAAAAAAAAUAGUAAAAAGAAAAAAUUUAAUUUAAUUUUUUGUACAUGACGGUCUUCUGUGACUCGAGAUAGUUUUUUUUUUCAAAUUUUAAAAUUAUAAUAUAAUAUUACUCUUCCCGUGUAGAAUUACCUUA